AGAGGGGCGGUGAGGAGCAGGGAACAAGAGUCCAUUCCCUAAGGAAAGGGUUAAGUAUCCCGCGCUCCUGUGGGCGGGCUCGCCGACGAGAUCGGCAGAGCUGGGCUCUGCUGGCCAAGCCUGAGCAUCUCCGAGGAUGCGCCUCGGAGAGAGGCUGCAGGGACGCGCGCAAGGUGAACGCAUGGCUGCGGAUGCAGCGCGCAGGUGAGGAGCUGGCCGAGGGAAGGGGAGAUGGCGGGACCCAGGAAGGCAAGGAGCAAGGCCUGCAGCCCCCUUCGCGGGCACGGGCGACCAGGCCUACACGGUGCAAAACCCCACCCGAGACACUGCGGGAAGGCAUGGAGCCAGGGAGAGAGGAGCUGGAGAAGGAGAAGAGAGGUAACCCGAGAUGGACCAGCUUCUGCAGGCUGUCCUGCAGAGGCCCUCACCCUGCUUCCCCUCCCCCCUUCUUUCUCACCUAGUCUCUGCGGCUGAUUGAUUUCAUCUCCCCUCAGAACUGUCCAGCCAUGGGACCCCAACGCUAGGCAAGCCCCUGCCUGGACUGCUGGUGCCCACAUCUCUUGCAUCGGGGGUGGUAGGCAGAUGGCAUGUUAUUCACUGGAGGCCCACCUCAGCCAUCUCCUCCUCUGCAAAGCUUCAGAGCUGUGCAAGAUGAGUCCUAUGGGCUUUAGUAUGCUAGUGUUCUCAGCUGGCUGCGCGACCUUGGACAAGUUGCUCAACCUCUCUGACUCUUGGUUGCCCACUUUCCUUUACUGUGUGAUGAGUACAUGCACCUGCUUGUAUGGGAAGGUUUAGAACAGAAGCCUAACUGGGCAAACAGUUCAACAUAGAGUAUAGUUAUCAACCUAUAUCCACACCAGGGGCCCAGGUGCUUCCUUGGCACACCUCAGCCCCAGCCUGGGGACUUGAUGGGUCCUUAGACCCCAGCCUGACCAACGAGCAAGCAGAACCUGGGACUUAGUUUGAGAGAGGCCUUACCAAAGCUUAAAGACAGUCGGAAUUAAAGCUGCAACUGGACCCAAGAGGUCUUUGAAUCCCCUGAAACUUUCCACAACCUCUGAUGAGCCUAGGGGACUCUUAGGAAGGGUACCUGGGGUCACCUCAAGCUUCUCCUAGUGUCUGAGCCACCGAAGGUGGUUCUAUCCAAGAGAAAAAGGACACAGUGCCUGCCUGAACACAGCUGGCCCUCAGCUGGCUCCACGGCUGGUCCCUCCCUGGCCUACUUAAGGAUGGACUUAGGAAUAGGGAUCUCAUGGGAAUAUCACCCAGGCCAGGAUUGCACAGGGGCUGAAGGUGUAAAGGAAAGAGACAGGAGCCCCAGGUCAACGGCAGACAGGACCUGGAUUACCAGGGGGCAUUGCUCCGGGUAGGUAGAGCCAGGAACAGAAGGUGUCCCUGGGGAGGAGUGUCUAGGCCAAUACAAACUACCCUCCAGUCGUCCCUGGACAUGAUGCUGACCUCUUUCCCUUAAAAACAAAAACAAAAAAACAAAAAAACCCACUACUACUCAGACCUCAUCACUUUUAAGCUUUCCAGUCCUUGUGAUGAUUUACAGGCACCCUUGCUGUCAAGCCCCUGCCUUCUGACCGCCAAACCCAGGAGAUGUUCUGAACUCACUGAGUUCGUUCCCACUCUAGAGCCUUUGCAUAUGCUGUUCCCACUGCCAGAUGCUCUCCCCUCAGAGCUUCAAAUGCCUGACUCUCUCUUACCAUUCCACCUUUGCUUGAGGAUCUCCUCAGAGAGGCUCUCCUGGCACCCCUGCUGGGACUCACAUCUGUUAUCGUCUAACCACGUCUUAUUUUCCUCAAAGCUAAACUUCAUUGUUUUACACAGUCCUUAUUUCUCAGGCCCGCCUGCAACUUGAUAGGUAGACCAGGCUGACUUUGAGCUCACAGAGAUCUUCCAGUCUCUGCUAAGGACCUGAACUUUAACACUUUAAAAAAAAUUCUAUGUAUCGUGUGUGUCUGCGUGUGUGUAUGAGUGUGUGUCUUCGUGUGCAUGCAUGCAUAUGUGGAGGUCAGAGAACAACCCAAGGGAAUCCGUUUUCUCUUUCCACCAUGUGGGUCCUGGUCAAGAAUUGAACUCUCAGAUCAUCAGGCUUGGCAGCAAGCCCCUUUAUCCACUAAGCCAUCUCAUUGGUCCUUAACUUUAAAAUCAUGUAUUGUCCAUCUUAUUUAGAACGGUCUCUCCAUAGCGGGGAGGAGGCAGUCUUCUCAAACUUGUUCACUGCUACAUCCCAAGGUCUGUUCAGUUUACUUGUUGAACUAGUAAAGGGGUUAUGGGGGAAGAACCUUUCCAGACAAAGGCUGAGAAGAUAGGGCCCUGCUAUCAAAAGUUCCUACUGUGGGUCUGACCUUCGUGUGUCUCAUUAGUUAUACAUCAUAUGAAUCCCCUGAGGUAGACACUCUUGUUAGCGUCAUAGAGAUAAGCGCCAAAACCACGAUGCUGAAAAGCAAAGUAACUCACCCAGGAGACAAGAUGCCAGGAAUCUAACUCAAGGUCCUCCUCAAAUGCAGGGGCGUGUUCCUCUUUCUCUUUUAUCAAAGUUGGGUGUUGAUAAAUCUAAUUCGAGGGCAGGCAGGAAGGCUCAGCGGCUAAAGAUGCUUGCCACAGAGCCCGAUGACCUGAGUUUGAUCCCUGGGAACCACAUGGAAGGAGAGAACUGAUUCCCACAAGUUGUCCUGCCCUCCAAACGCUUGCUGUGGCAGAUAUCCCCCCUUAAUUAAAUGCAUAAAUGUCAUUUUAAAAACUUAAAUCUGUUUUCAGGGACUGGAGAGAUGGCUUAGCUAGCUAGAGCAAGCAGUCCUUCCUGCUCUUGUAGAGUAUCCAGCACUGAGGGUGGGUGGCUCCCACAUGCCCCUAACUCAGCCCUUGGACAAUCAAUCCCACACUCUCCCCUGGCAAUCACAGGCACUGAACUUAAUAUAUACAACUACUCUUGUCAUACAUAUAUGUGCAUAGGAACAUAUAUAUGUAUAUCAUAAAUAAGAUGCACUUACUAUAUACAACUACCCUAUCAUGUAUGUGUGUAUGAGUAUAUCUAUCUAUCUAUCUAUCUAUCUAUCUAUCUAUCUAUCUAUCUAUCUAUCUAUCUAUAUUAAAUACUUAAAAGGCUGGGCCUGGGUGGCAUGCACACCUUUAAUUACAGCACUCAGAAGGCAGAGACAAGGAAAUCUCAGUUCUACACCAGCUUGGUUUACAUAGUGAGUUCCAGGUCAGCUAGGACUACAUAGACCCUGCCUCAAAAAAUAAAAUCUUGGGACUGGAGAGAUAGUUCAGUGGUUAUGAGCACUGGCUGCCUUUCCAGAGGACCCAGGUUCAAUUCCCCACACUUACAUGGCAACUGACAAACUGUAACUCCAGUUCCAGGAGAUCUGACACCCUCAUACCAAUCAAUGCACAUAGAUAAAUAAAAUAAAAUCUUCAAGAAAAACAUAGAUUUCAUCGGGUAAAGAAGGCAGCCCAUCUUGAGGGAACAGAAGCCGGUGUCAGGGCAGAGGCUGAGUCACCUGACCUGGCCGCAGCCUUGGAAGGCCAGGAAUAGAGCUUGUAUUCUCUCCCAAGAGCAAUGGGGAGUCAGAAGGUUUUGAAAGCAAAGGAAGUGGUGUGAGUAGAGACCCAGUUUUUGUUUUUUUUUCUUUCAAAGAUUUAUUUAUUUAUUAUAUAUAAGUACACUGUAGCUGUCUUCAGAUACACCAGAAGAGGGCAUCAGAUCUCUUUACGGAUGGUUGUGAGCCACCAUGUGGUUGCUGGGAAUUGAACUCAUGACCUCUGGAAGAGCAGUCGGGUGCUCUUAACCGCUGAGCCAUCUCUCCAGCCCGAGACCCAGUUUUUAAAAACUUUAAAACCAGGGACAACACUGUUGUUUAAUGCUUCUCUUCUUUCCCAUCAGCCCCCUGAGGACGUCUUGGACCGGUCAACCCUCAUGCCAUCUCUCUCUGAUUGGUCAUUUCUUUCUCUGCUUUUGUAGACUUACCAGUGAAUUCUAGAGGUCAAGGGCUGUACACUCAGGCACUGAAUUAGACCAUGGCCCCCAGCCCACAGGCCUGUGCAUCUCCGCUUCUGCUCUUGCUGCUGCCAUGCCUGGGGGCUGGCCCUGCCUUGGUCAGAGGCCUUCCCAGACCCCUUGAGAACUCAGAACCUCACGUGAUUCCGUCAGAGCCACGUACCUUUGACCUCUUCUGGGAGAAGCUGGACAAUGAGAGUUCCCGGCACAGUGGCACCCCCCAGGCCCAUGCUGAAGGGCCCAAGAGGCCUGCAGACUCUCCCCUCGGACCAGCACUGCACGGGCCCAAAGUAGCCCCCGGGGUCGUCCAAGGUGAAAGACUCCUAAGAGCUGAUGACCUCCAGCUGGCCCGAGCACUCACCUCCCAAGGCUGGACAGGACCUCCUGACUCACAGGAGCUUCUGGAGACAGAAGCACCAGAACCCCACCCCAUGGGAGCACCCCAUCUCACUCUUGUCCCUACAACUCCUAGCUUUCAACUCACAGUAGCCACACUUGACACUGCCUCACAGAAGCCUGGAGGCCCAGCAGGACAGCAGCCACCUAGGGAUGAGGGGCUAAUGGCCAAAGCCAAGACCCACACACAGGCUUUGCCCUGGGGUUACCAGGGUUCUCCCCACAUUCUGGUACCUGAGACGGGUGCUGUGAGGACACUAGUGUUGGGGAAGCAGGGUGGACAUGAACAGGGCCUCCAGGAGGCUGUCCAGGGCCCCCUACUCACCCAGCAGGAUCCAGCAACACCUGAGGUUGGAUCAACACCCCCAGUUGAGGCCCCAGUUGAGGUGAAGUCCACUCCAGAGCCUGGAACCCAGCUAGACCGGGCAUUGGCCAGAAGCCUUCCUCUUCCUGAGGGGCUGCCAGCUGAACCCUCCAAAAAGGGUGGAGCUGGGGAUACCUGGGAAGUCAGCUCUCUGGGACCCCAACCCGAACAGACUGACCACCAUGGAGGACAAGAUUCCCCAGCACCCCCGCCUAUACCACCUGCAGCCUCAGACAUUUCUGAUGGGCACCUAAGACCAGCAAUAGCCUCAAUGAAUGGAGUAGACCCCAUCUCCCCGCAGCGAGUGAGAGGAGCAAUGGAGGCCCCAGGAACCCCCAAGUCCUUCAUCCCUGAUCUCCUAAACUCUGCUCAAGCUGCAAAUGGAACAGAGAGCCCUAUGAGGGCCCUGCAGCCAGAUGAAGCCGAGGAAUGGCCGGGUCGCCCACAAAGCCACCCUCCAGCACCCCCUGUCCAGGCCCCCUCGACAUCUCGGCGUGGUCUCGUUAAAGUCACCACACAGAGAGCUCUGGGGCAGCCACCCCCUCCGGAGCCCUCAGCCAGCUCCAUGGUUCCCAUCCCAGCUUCUAGCCCCCCAGCCAAUGCCACCGCACCUCCCCUACGUUGGGGACCCCUGCGGCGGGUGCUGAGUUUUUCCUGGGAGCUUCAUGUUUAUGGGGUGGGAGUGCUUUUCCUGCUUCCAGCAUUGUUGGCAUUGGUCACACUGGCAGCCGCCCUAGCGGGACCCCGAUUGGCAUUAGUGGCUGCCGUGCUGGUGUUGGUGGCUUCAGGGCUCCGAUCUGCCUACAUGCUCACGGAUCCUUAUGGCUCUCAGGCCCGGCUGGGAGUACGUGCAGGUCUGGUGCUAUACAACUUGCCCUUCCCCUUGCUACUCACUGCUCUGGCAGCACUCACCCUGCUGGGCUUGGGUGCUGGUCUGCCACAGCCUCUACAGAAGCCGCUUCUGCUGGGAGUCGUGGCACCGGUGCAUGGCGCAGGUUUGCUGGCUACCGACCUGUUCUCCACUAGCCCUGUGCUCAACCUUCUGACACAAGGCUUAUCUUGCGCCUGGGGCGCGUCAGUGGCUCUGGGCACACUCUGCCUGUGCCGUCGCCGCCUGCUGGAAGGCCCUCGGGGCUGGGAUGCCAGUCCAGGCCCCCGGCUUUUGGCUGUGGCGGGCUCACUGGGGCUAUUGGCCAGUGGUCUGCAGUUGGCGGCCUCGCUCUGGCUGUACCCAGGGCCUGGCCGGGAGGGUCGCUUCUCCUGGGCUUGGUGGGGCGUGCACUUUUGGCUGCGUCUGCUGGAGUUGACCUGGGCACUGGCCCUGGCGCUGGCCGCCCUGGCUGCCACUCGUCCCAGGCCGCCCACAGAGCACGCUUGCUGGGCUAAGCUGCUGCGCCUGGCUUGCCCCGCGCCCACUGGCAAGAGCGAAGUUCCCGAGAGACCCAAUAACUGCUAUGCGGGGCCCAGUGGCGUGGGCACAGGCGGCCUGGACAUCAGCAAAAGUCUCAUCCGCAACGCUGCUGGGGAAGGUGGGCUCCCUGCUACGCCUGGUUCUGGACCCUGGGGUUCGGCUGCAUCGUUGGGUCGUGGUCGUCCAGGUGGCCCGGGGAUGUCCCGAGGUAGUGUGGGGCCUGCACCGUCGCUGAGUGAGCUGGAUCUGAGGCCACCGUCGCCCAUCAAUUUGAGCCGCAGCAUCGACGCCGCGCUCUUCCGGGAGCACUUGGUUCGAGACAGUGUGUUCCACCGCUGCGGUCUCCGUGGCUUAGCCUCCUCGCCGCCAGGGGGCGCCCUGCGGCCUCGCCGCGGCAGCCAGCCCGACGCUGAGCUCGAUGGCGCGGGCACAUCGCUGCUCCGAGGCCGCUGCCGCUCUCUCAGUGAGGUGUGCUUGCGCACGUCGCUCCCGCAGCACGUGGUGAAUCCGCCCGUCGGCGCGGCGGCCGCGGGGACUUCGGGCAGCUCCCUGGAUAGCUUCUCCAAGGGCUCGCUGAAGAUCAGCUGGAACCCGUGGCGUCACGGGCUGUCGUCCGUGGACAGUCUGCCCCUAGAUGAACUGCCCAGCACCGUGCAGCUGCUGCCACCACCUACCCCAGCCCCAGCCCCUGCUCCUGCCCGGGCCGGGGAGCCUCAGGGCGAGGGCCAGCCGCGCUGCAAGUCCAGCGAGUCUCACAGCGCCUCCAGUGACACUAUAGAGCUCUAAGCAGCUAUGGGGAGAACCUCUCCUCAAUGUCCACAUGAAGUGGCUAAGCCAAGACAGUUGAGCAUUUGAAAAACUGGCCUUCCAGGGCCUCCACCUGACUGCAGCUCCUGGGUACAGCCGGGCUUGAAUUUACCUGACUCGUUUUGAUUUUCUUUUUUAAUAUCUCUAUUUUUUUUCAGCAGAUAUUUUGCACAAAGGCCGUGAGUUACACGGAACACAGGGUGGACGUGCAUGGAUUUGACCAUGGGGGACAGGGACCAGGUACUCCUGCCCCUCCAGUGUGGAGAGGUGCACUUCACUUGUCCGGAUUGACUGUCCUCUUUGUGCCAAAGAAGUAAAUCCUUCCGAUUAGGCUCAUGCCUCCCCUCUGGUCAAGCCAGGAUCUCUCCUAACAGGAGAGCCAGGAGACCCUUCCCCACAGGAAUCAAGAGCUUUCCAGAGGAAUGUUUCCUCCGGCUUUGGUAGGAACAGCCACCCCUAUCUCACUAAAAACCUGUCUGUUGUGGGGUCCCCACCUCCUGUAAUCCCCACUUUAGGCCUAACCGGAAAGCAUUCUGCCCAUUUCGGAAAUGAGAACAGCUGGUGUUCAACCCAGAAAGACCAACUCCUAAGCUGGUUCCUGUUAUCUUUUUCCUUCCUCCACUCCUUCCUGGUUUUUAUUUAAAAACAUUUUUUUUGUAGAUUUA